CCCAAGCCCCACCUACUCCCGUGCAUAUGUCUGCUGCCACUGCCACUGCUGCUGCCCCUGCCUCGUCUCGUCCCGCCUCGUCCACCCCUGCUGCCAUGGCUGCCGUCCUCACAGGCAGUACUGUGCCGCCCUCUGCUUCUCCCUCCGCCCCUCUGCCCCCUGCUGCCUCCUCCUCCGCCUUCCGUGCCUCUGCUCUCGCCCCACCCGCCAUACCCACUACUGCCCCUGUCUCUCCUGCUGCCCCCUCUGCUGCUGCCACUGCCACUCGCACUACUGGGACUGCUGCAUAUGGUAACCAGGCUGCCAUGGUACAUGGUAACCAGGCUGCCAUGGUACACGGUAACCAGUCUACCAUGUCACAGACUGCCAUGGGACACGGCAACCAGACUGCGACAGCACACAGUAACCAGACUGUUAUGGCACAUGGUAACCAGAGUGCGUUUGCACAUGGUCAUGCGGGAAGCAUGGCGGCAGUAUCCAUGCAUGCACAUGGCCGCUCAUCUCCCCAUGGGGUGCCUCAUGCCUAUGCUGCUCCACAUGCUCAUGCCCAUCCACAUCCCCAUGCACACGCAUACAACCAUGCGUACGCCCACGCUCACAUGCAUGCGCACACCCACGGCCACAUGCCGCAGUCAGCCGUGCCGUUCUCCCAGUCGCCUGCGCAUGCGCGCCCCCAUGCCACCGCCCCGCCAAUGGCCGCCUCGCCGCACGCCCCCCCGAGGACUCCUACCCCUGCGCUUGGGGCGAGUGGAGCGGCAGCUCCAGCGCCAGGUGCAGGCGCUCGCACUGCCGCUGGUGGGGGUGGGGGUGGGGGAGGUGGUGGUGGUGGUGCAUUUGGUGGUCGCGGGGGCAGUGGGGGUGUGCAGGGCGGCAGAGGAAGGGGACCGGAGAUGGCAGGAGGCACAGCGCAAGGCAGCAAGGCAGCAGCUCCUCACAGUGCCAGAAGUCUGUCACGAGUGCCGCAGCACAGAGGGCCAGCCAUGCGCCAGCAGCAACAGCAGCAGCAACAACAACACCAACGGCAGCAGCAGCAGCAGAAGCAGCAGCAUCACCAACAGCAGCAGCAACAGCAACGGCAACAGCAGCAUCAGCAUCAGCAGCAGCGUCAGCAGCAGCAUCAGCAACAGCAACAGCAGCAGCAUUUCCAGCAGCAGUACCCCCAUAGGCCAGGGCAUUCUCAACCUGCCAGCAGUUUAGCACCAUCUGUUUCCCCAUCAGCACCCCCCUUACCUGCUGUGCCUGCUGUGCCUGCCACAGUGCCUGCUGUGCCUGCCACGGUGCCUGCUGUGCCUGCUGUGCCUGCUGUGCCUGCUGUGCCUGCAACGCUGCCUGCUGUGCCUGCCACAGCACCUCUCAUGCCUCCCACCCUUCCAACUGCUACAAGCCAACGCUUGUCAGGCUCCCCUUCACUGCCCACUCCCCCCCCACUCCCCGCAUCCCCGUCUCUCCCCACUCCCCCCUCCCUCCACUCGGCAAGGACUGUGGUUUCCCCGCCUCAUGCCACUGCACCCCAUGCUCUUCCCUCGCUCCCUGCCACCUCCACCCCUCCCCUCUCUGCGCUGUCUCCAGCUCCAGUUACCGUGCCUGCCAGUGCUGCCACCCCUGCCGGUGCUGCCGUGCCUGCCAGUGCUGCACCUGCCAAUGCCCCCUCCGCUGUCACUGCUGCCGCUGCAACAGUUUCCUCUGCAAAGCGUCCCCCCUCACCCUCCCCUGCCCCUGCGCCAUUGGCACCUGCUUUCUCCCCCUCUCCGCGCAUUACUAUCGCCCCCUCCCAACAUCCUGCUGUCUCCCCCUCCCACCCACCUCCUUUUUCCCUGGGCCGUGGAAGCAGCAGUCAGGCGGCGAUUGCAGGAGGAGUGGGCAGAGGCAGGGGUAUGCAAGUGGCAGCCGUGGCACGGACAGGGGCACCGGCCCUAGUGGCAGCUGCAGCAGCACCGGCAGCAGCAGCAGUGCAUGCAAGGGCAGCACCACUACCACAAGCAGCAUCAGCAUUGCCACACGCAGCAGCAGCAGCAGCAGUAGCACAUUUACCAGCAGCUCCGGGACAAGCACGAGCAGCAGCAGGCAGCAGUGGCAGUGCAAAUGUGAGUCACAUGCCUGUGCAGCAACUGCCCGGCCACGUAAGAUCAGCAAGUGCGCCGAUGCAUGCAGGAACAGCACCAGCGACGCAUGCAGCAGCAGCCACACGCACAGCAGCUGCACCCACAACGGCUGCAACGGUAGCAGCAGUGCCACAAGCAACAGCAGCUCCAAGAGGCGGAUAUACUCCUGCCCAGGCAAAGCCACAGCAAGUCUCGCCGAGGCAAUCAGUGCCGAACCAAGCAGUGCCGAGCCAAGCAGUCCCGAGCCAAGCAGUGCCGAGCCAAGCAGUGCCGAUCCAAGCAGUGCCGAGCCAAGCCGUGCCGAGCCAAGCCGUGCCGAGGCAGGGCAUGGCACGGGCUGCUGUGGCAGCUGUGCCUCACGCAGUGGGGGGGCAGACCUCAGUGGGUCCCUCGGUGCCACCCCCAGCUGCAGUGAAGCAGAGAGGCCUCGCUGCUGCUGCUAGUGCUGCUGCUGCUGGUGCUACUGUUGCUGCUGCUGCUCCUGCUGCUGCUCCUGGUGGUGGUGGUGGUGGUGGUGGUGCAGUUAUGGCAGCAGCAGGCACGGCAGGUGCGACAAAUGUGACACAUGUGAAGGCAGUAGAGAUUGGGAGGGGCCAACAGGGAGGAGGGGUGGCAGCACACGCAGGACACAUGGCGCAGCAGAGUGGCAAGGUGCAAGCAGGCGUGCAGACAGGUGCUAGUGCGGUGCAGCAGCCACACAGACCGCAACCAGCACAGACAACUGCGUCGGACUUUGCCGCACCAAUCACAGCCGCACCAAUCACGGCUGCACCAGCAGCAGUGACAGAGAAAGGCGCUGCAACUUUAUCCAAUGAAUCACAGCCGCAGGCGAAGCAGUAAACCCAGCGUCAGCAGCAGCAACAGCAGGAAGGCCUAUAGUGGCAGGAGCAGCAGUGCCAGCCCGAGCAGUAGGAGGCGGUGCAAGUGCCACACCGGCAGCGACUCAAUAAGCCAUUGCAAUGCCUGAAAGUGUAAGAGCUGAGGAAGUUCCCACUGCAGGUAGAUCACCUUCAGUAAGCUCGCGGUGAAAUCGUGAUGUAGAAUGGACGCUCAAGAUUGUAUCUAUAGAAGGAUGUAAUUUCCUACAGUAUAUUGUUAAUCGUCUGUUUAAAG